AUGCUCGCCACAAAAGCCAAGGUCUACUCGGACGGAGAGGUCGACAAAAAGCCGGUGAUUCAAGCCGUCUUCGAACAGUUUUUUGAUUUCUCGCGGGUGAAAAAAGGUCCGCUUCUUGUUUACGGCAUUUCGCAAAAGGCGAACCACAAAAUUUGCUGGAAGUUUUGGUUGGACUGAUCCCACCGACACUCUUGAAAGGUUUACUACAAGUGGCUGAUCGUUUUCUGCAAGGCGGACGCGCGUUAUUUUCGAGUUUUUGUUUUUAGGUCCAUCAAGUAUAAUAUCCCUUCGUUUGAUGUUAUUUCUCCUGUUAUUCUAGAUUUUUUUCUUUCUGUUAGCCACUUCGUACUUUGUUCUUGUUGUUUCUUCACUUUUCUGGUUGAAAAUUGCUAGAAAAUGUAGAUUCCUAGCUAUUUUUUCCAGGUGGGACACCUUGUUUUAGGCUCGGUCAAGAUUUUAUGUGUUCAGUCGCUAUUUCAGCCUCGAGAAAGUGCCGUUUUGAUCUCGAGACAAUGUGUGACCUGGUGGACACGAGUUUAUCCUCUUUAUACCCCUUUUUCAGCCAAGAAACUACGUAGAAAGUUUAGUUGAUACCUUAUGAAUAAUAUUAUUUUCACAGUGGGAGUCGUGCGUUUUCAGUUGAGUAAUUGUGCGCGAUAGUUGUUGCGUAGAGCAUUUUAUGUUUUCGCAAAAAAACAUUGCCGAUUUUUUUCGUGUUUCGAGCUUUUUUUGAUCAAUUUAUUUCCGACAUUGUACUAGACAAGUUUCGACAAAAUUUUCGUGUUUUGACAGCUUUUAUUUUUGAAAUUAUUGUCUAAUCAGCUUCCUAAAUCCCUAAUCUUGCUUAUGAACAUUUGAAACCCUGCAAAAAAGUGGAUUUACGACUGUUUCCACCUGCUGGUCCUAAAUCUCUAGAUCUUUCCGAAAUUUUUAUGUUUUCAUCGCGUCUUCUGCCAAAUUCGAGGUUCGAAUUGAAAAGAAAGGAUAGCUCUAAUAACCUCAUAUAAUUACAGGAGCUAACAGAAUGGAAGAAGAAUUUGCUCCAGUAAAAGACAAACAGCCAGCUGGAUCAGCAAAAAAUGACGAAUUUGAUCCUGGUAAGCAUUUUAUAUUAUUGCUUCUGUCUUUAGGUAUCUCGUAUAUGCCAAUUUCUAGCAUCUAGAAAGGUUUUGGAUUGUUUUUCUCCAAAAAAUGUGUUAUUCAUGGUGGAACUGACGUUUCUUCGCAAAUUUUAUAAUUUUUCUCACAAAAUCCGUUGUUACCGACUGUGAAUAGAUAGAUGGUAUAGAAGUAAAGGUUUUGUCAUUUAUGGAAGGUGCUACACACUUAUUGUGUAGCUUUUCUCUGAGCAAUUUGAGUUUUAGUCGUCAUGUUGUUUUAGAAUUUUUUGCGGAAAUUUUUUGCCUUUACAAUAUGAAGCUAGGCUUGUUAGCUCGUCAACGGCACAAUCUUUGUUUCAGAAGAUCGUUAUAAACCCGAAGGAACAGUGAUACUGGAAAUUGAUCGGUUUUCGGACUUUGCACGAGGACUGCCCGCCGAGAACCCACAACGACUGUCGGAAGCCGUCUACAUCCGUGGCAUGCCAUGGAAAAUCUUGGCAAUCCCGCGCGAUGGGUCCAGAUCUCCGAACCGACAGACCGGCAAGUGCCUUGGCUUCUUCCUGCAAUGCAAUGGAGAGGCGGGCGACGGCGAGAACUGGUCCUGCUCGGCCUCGGCGAUGCUCCGCAUCGUCCCCAUGAAGGAGGGAAUCGAGCCCAACAUCCGACGAAUCUCCCACACCUUUCAUCCCAAAGAAAACGACUGGGGAUACUCGCAGUUCGUGCAGUGCGAUCAGCUGCUGGAAGAGAGUGGCGGUUACAUAAAGGAUGAUGUGGUUCGAUUAGAAGUUGACGUCUCUGCUGAUGCUCCACAUGGUGUUCAGUAAGUUUGGAGGUUAUUGAGGGGAUUUGAAGGGGUUUUCAUGGGAUAUAAAUUGAUUUUGAGAGGGUUGGGAUAUUACUUUAGGUGAGAUGAAAAAAAUUUUUGGAAAUUUUUGAGGGUUUAUAUUUUUUUUGUAUUUCAAAUGGAUUUUUAUGAUAGAUAAAAAAUCAUGAAGGUCUGAGGAGUAUUUUAGGGACACCUUCGGACCUUAUUUUAGUCAAAUUUUGAUGUUUUUUCAAAAAAAAUUUUUUUGAAUUUUGACAAAAUUUUUUGAAUUUUUGUAUAAUAAAAAUUGUUUUCAGUUGGGACAGUAAGCGACAUGCCGGAUAUAUUGGUCUUCGCAAUCAAGGAGCCACAUGUUAUAUGAAUUCGAUUCUCCAGACCUUAUUCUUCACAAAUAAAUUGCGGAAAGCCGUCUAUAUGAUGCCGACUGAUGAGGAUGACCCGGAAAGUUCUGUUGCCCUAGCGAUGCAGAGAGUUUUCUUUGAGCUCCAGUUCAGCGACACUCCAGUGGGAACGAGGAAAUUAACGAAAUCUUUCGGAUGGGACGCUGUCGACUCCUUCCUCCAACAUGACGUCCAAGAACUGUGCAGAGUUCUACUGGACAAUUUGGAGUCUAAAAUGUCGAAUACGACCGUUGAAGGGACCAUUCCGAAACUUUUCAAAGGCAAAAUGCGAUCUUAUGUUAGAUGCAUUGAUGUCUCGUUCGAGUCGUCCAGAGAGGAAUUUUUCUACGAUGUUCAGCUGAAUGUGAAGGGAAAGGCGAACAGUAAGUCUUUUUUUAUUUUUUUUUGUUGAAUUUUAGGAAGAUUGAAGCGAUUGGAAUCGAGAUAUUGGAGAUUUUGUGAUUGCACUGUGCAGUCGUAGCGAGGGCUUUUGAUUUUUUGCAAAAUUUGGGAAAUUUUUGAUGAGCCAGCUGUGGAAAUUGUUUUAAUUUGAGGGAAUAGAUGGUCUUCAAUGUGGUUUAUAUAUAGGAGAUGAACUUUUGAGACUUUUUACCGUUGAAUUUGACCAAAAAUCAGAAAAUAGUCCAAAUUUGGAUUUUUUGGGAAAUUUUGAAUUUUUUAAAGUUAUUUUUGAGAAAUUGAGUAGUGAUAAAAGAUUAUUAUGGAUGUUCAGAGAUUCCUACUGCUGUUUGAGCAAUUCCAUGGGGUUUAUUACCGCCUUUACCACAUGAUUUACCAUUUUCUUUCAGUUAUUGAUAGCUUCCGCGAUUACACGGAGUCCGAAGUCCUCGAUGGCGAUAAUAUGUACGAUGCUGGGGAAUUGGGGAUGCAGAAGGCCGAGAAGGGUGUGAAAUUUGUCGCCUUCCCUCCGGUCUUGCAUCUUCAGCUCAUGAGGUUUCAAUACGACCCACAACAAGAUGCCAAUGUUAAGGUCAAUGAUCGGUAAGAUUUUGAAUUUUUUUUUUUCUUUUGAGUUUAGGAAAAGGCGAGAAUUGAUGGGAAAUGAUGGAACUUGGAUUUGUGAGACAAUCGAAGACUGAAUUUGGAGAUUUCGAGAGGUGUUGGAUAUUGUUUUAGAUUUUUUUGGAAAUUUGAGGGUUUUUUUGGUUUUUUGAAUUUUUUUUGAGUGCUAAUAGGAUUCUGAGGGUGUGAAAUCAACUAUAGAAGAAUUGAGAGCUAAAAAUUUGAGAUUUUUUAUAUUAUACUUGACAUUUUUUUAAAUUUCAGAUUCGAAUUUCCGGAAGUCCUCCAGCUAAACGAGUUUAUCGAUGAAUGCGGUGAGCAGGAUGACUACACGUACCUUUUGCAAUGCGUCCUCGUCCAUGCCGGCGACUUCCACGGAGGCCACUACGUGGUCUACAUCAACACCAACCUCCGAUCCCAGCAGCCCAGAUGGUGCAAAUUCGACGACGAUGUGGUGGCCAGAUGCCCCAUUCGAGAAGCCGUGCAAAAUAACUUCGGCGGAGACGAUCAGGAAACUGGACGGUCCUGCUCAAACGCCUACAUGUUGGUCUACGUGCAGAAGAAUAAACUGGACGAUGUGAUGUGCUCAGUGGCUGAGAUUGACAUCCCCACCCAUCUAAAACAACGCCUGGAAAAUGAAAAGGAAGAGGAACUGGUCCGGAGAAGGGAACGCGAACAUGCCACACUCUUCACCGACGUCAUUGUGGUCACCGACGAACAUUUGACCGAUCAUUUGGGCUUUGAUAUCGGCGAUUAUGAUGCGAUCAAGGUGAGGAUGGAGAGUUUUUCGAUUUUUUGUGGAUUUUGCGAUUUCUUUGAAAAUUUUUGAAAAUUUUUUUUGAGGGGAUUUUUUCGAUUUUUUGGAAAUUUUUUUAUAUUUUUGGAGGGGAUUUGGGGAUUUUUGCGAUUUUUUUUUGUUUUUUAGAGGGGAUUUUUGAGAUUUUUUGAUUGUUUUGGAAGAAAUAGAGUGUGAGGGCAAUGGGAGAGCGAUUUUUUGAAGGAAAAUUUUAGAGAUGUGAAGUUUUUUGGGGGAAAUUUUGAAUGGAAGUGCUGGAUUUUAAAAUUUUUGAUUUUUUUGUGGAAUUUUUUAAAAUUUUUGAGGGUAGAAGGCAGAAUAAAGCAAAAUAAGGAUUCUAUUUUUAGUUAGUGGAAAAAAGUUUGUGAUUUUUUGGAGGAAAAUUUUUUUGAAAUUUGAGAUAUUUUGGCGAAAGUUUUAAUUUCGAAAAAAGUUUUUGUACAAAAAAAAUUCUUUUUUGGAUAAAAUACGGCGUAAUUAGCAUCUUGCGUUUACGGAUUAGAGUUUGAAUUGAGAUUUUUUUGAUUGUUUUUGAGAUUUUUUCCAAUGUUUUUGCUCAAAAAUUUGAAUUUCUUUGGAUAAUUGGAUUCUUUUUCAGUCUUGCCGAAUGGGAGCCCCGAUUCGAGUGGCGAAGAGCUCGACGGCUCGCGACUUUUACAAAAAAGUUUCGUCGGUGAUCAGCGUCCCGAUCGACUCGUUCCGCCUGUGGAGAUACGACCUUGUCUACGGCUCGAAAGAAGAGGGCUACAGCAACAUCCUGGAGAGCCGCCGCCCCCGCACCUACAUCCCAUGCCCGGCGGAGAACGCCCCACAGCAGAGCCCCAUCUUUUACGACCCCAAGGCCGACAAUGUGUACUACAUUGAGCUGGGCACCAACCAAAUCGACCCCGAGAAAAUGACCGUCCUCAAGACCCACCUGCAACCAUAUAAUGCGGAAACGAUGGUCAUCGCGUUCUUGAAGUUCUAUAAUCACCAUAGAAGAAAGAUUACGUAUCACGGAUCGUUCCUGAUGGACGUGGAGAGGUCCGUCUCCAACUACCUGGAUGUCAUCAAACAGAAACUUCAUCUCCCGUUGUCCACAAAUCUCAAUUUGUAUUUGGUGAGGGAAUUUGUUGAGAUUUUUUUGGUGAAUUUUUUUGGGGGAUUUGAGAGCUUUUUUGUUGGUUGUUUGAAGAAAAAGUGGGAUUUUUUUGGGGAAAAAAUUGAUUAUUGGGGAAAAAAUUGAGUUUUUUGUGGGAAAUUGGACUUUUUUUUUUGAUUUUCUGUGAGUCUGAGAGGUAAAAAAGGUGUGAAAGGUUCUUUUUGAAGCUGUUUAGAUUGGUUUGGCUUUCAGAAUUCAAGUUUUUGAAAGUUUUGGGCAAAUUUUAAAAAAAAUUUUUAGAAUUUUUUUGGAAGUUUUAUUCAAUUUUAAUGUCGAGUUGUCUUGAGGAAGUCAUUUUUGGGGGAGAUUUGGGAUGUUUUGUUGAUUUUUUUGGGGGAAAAUUGAGUUUUUUGAGGAAAAAAUUUAUUUUUUGAGGGAAAUUGGAUUUUUUUUUUUGAUUGUUUGAGCAUGAGAGGUAAAAUAGGGUGUGAAAGUUUAUUUUUUGAGUAAUUCAGAUUGUUUUAGCAUUCACAAUCUAGGUUUUUGAAAGUGUUGGGCAAAAUUUUUUUUUUAAAUUUUUUUACUUUUUUGAUUUUUUUUUUUCAAUUUUAAUGUCAAUUUUUCUUCAGGAAGUCUCCCCAGACCACAUAUACCAAGUGCACCCCAACGAAGAGCUCCCAAUCCGCUCCGAUCGCCACUUAAUCACGGAUGGAAUCAUCUUCAUCGCCGAGGAUGCGGGCGCCAUCACGGACUCGAACAACCUGCCGCAGGCUUUCCAACAAAUGUACGGCCGAAUGCAGGUAGAAGCUGUCUGCAACACCGACUUUUUCGCCACCAACCUGAACCAGAACACGGACGUGAUCUACAUCAACAUCCAGACGGACGCCAGCCUCAGCGAGUUUUGCGAGAUUUUGGGCUCGCGGAUCGACUUUGACCCCAAGAAAAUUGUCCUUUGGAGGUCCACCAUCCCGGCAGAUCGGCCAGGACCGAUCGUGGGCCAAGAAGAGUUCCGACGGUACACAAUGCAGGACGUGGUCGGGCUGAAUGGCAAUGUUAUACAUGACCCGAGAAGCAGCCGCCCUUAUACCGUGUAUUACUCGAAGAUCCCGAUCCUAGCGAGCAAACUGGAAGAACACAAACAUGUCAGAGUAGGAAUAAUGGAUCAGAAAUACCAAACUAAAGAAUGGAGCGUCUUCCCGCCCAAGGAAGGCACCGUCGCCGAUAUCCUGGAAGCCGCCCGCGAAUAUGUCGAGUUUGCACCGAAUGGAUCCGGCCAACUCCGAUUGGUUCAUGUGGCUAAUAAUCCGAGUCAAAGCAGAGUAUAUCAGGUAGGAGUUUGGGGCGAUUUGGAGGAAGUUUUGAGGGGUUACCGGUGAAAUAUUGGAAUUUUUUUGGGGGGUUUGGAGGAAACAUGGGAUUUUUCGAAAAUUUGAAAAUUUUUUUGGAUGAAAAAGGAUUUUUUUGGAAUUCAGAGGAAGAAUAAGAGGUAGAAAGGGAGAGCGAACAAUUUUUUAUUAGGAUUUGUUGGGGUCUGUUGCAGUUUUUAUGAUUUUUUUGCCGAAUUUGAGGAUUUUAGGUCUGAAAUGAUUUUUUUUGAAAUUUUGGGGAAAGUAAAUAAUUUUUGUGGUUAUUUCGGAUUGAUUUUGAUGAUUGUGGAGAGAAGAAGCAGUAGAGUUGAAAAAAUUCUUGUUUUUUUGAGUUGGACUUAUCGAAACUUUGAGAUUUUUAGAAUUGUUUUUUAAAUCUGCGUUAAAAUUUGGUGAAUUGAAUGGAAAUGCAGUGAGGGAUCUGAUCCAAUGGCAAAAAACGUAUCAUUUUGCAUCCGGGAAGUAUCAAAAAUGUGGCAAAAUGCCUCCCUCUCCAAUUAAAAAACUCCGUUUCAAGGGCGCUUUUGAAAUCGGAGUUUUUUCACUGGGAGAAGGAGGUAUUUUGCCACAUUUUUCAUACUUCCCGGAUGCAAAAUGAUACUUUUUUGUCACUGUAUCAGGUCCGCCACUGUAGUGGAAUUUGUCCUUGGAACUGUCAAAUUAUUAUGUGAUUAUUAAUAAUCUGUUUUUUAGGUAGUUCCAAACGACACUCCGAUCAAUCAGCUGGCCAGUAAGACGAUGUGCCACACCCUGGCGUCGCACGCUUCCUCCUCCAACUUGAGGGUGGAGGAAAUCCCCACCGAUCAGGUCCAAUUGGCCCCGAAUGAGACCCUCCUCGCUGUUGCGCACUACGAGAAAGAGCCAACGAAGAUGUUCGGAACACCAUUUUUCAUCAAACUUGUGGACGGGGAACCGUUCAAGGAGUUGAAGAAGCGGGUCCGACAGGCAUUGGAAGUCAGCGAUAGGGAUUUUGAGAAGGUAAGAGGAGUUGAGGAAGAAGAUUUGAGGGGGUUGAGAGGAAUUGAGGAGUUGUUUGGGUGAAAAUUGAAUUUUUUUUUGGGGUUGUGACCUAAAGUAAUAUAAUUUUUUGUAGUUUCUGUAUGUUUUGAUGAAUUGGAGAGAUUUUUGAGUCGAAUUAGAUCAUUUUAUGUUAGUUAAGGUCGUUUUAGACUUGAAAUAAAUUGAAAAUAAUACUUUUUUCAACAAUUGUUACCUAAAGUAAUAUAAUUUUUUUAAAAUUUUUGUUGUUUUUGAUGGAGUUGCUGAAUGCUAGGGACGAAUAUAGAGUGCUCUAUGGCAAUUUAUCGGGUUUUACUGCCAAAUAAAAGGUAACAAAUGUUGUUUUUCGGACAAGUGUUACCUAAAAUAAUAUUAUGAAAAGUUUGUUUUGUACCUAAAAAAGUUUGUCAUGGGGAACUUAAGACUUGAUAGGAUUUAAAUUCGUAUAAUUUACCCUCUAAUGCAUCUGUUUUUCAGUUCAAAUUCACCCUGGUGGUGGGGAACCGCGUGAUGAAGGAGCUGGACCAAGACGAAGCCCCGAUCAACGCGGCCGACGUGAAAGGACAAAGUAGGUUGGGAUUUAACCGCUCUCCGGACCCCCGCACUAAUCCUUCCGACCCCCGCAUCUCACCCAUUUAAUAGUCAACGCGGUUUCAGAUAUCCUGAUCACCCCCUACCUCGGCAUCGACCACGCCAACAAAUCCCGCCCAUCCCGUUCGUUGCACGCCGAAAAGGCGAUCGUUAUCCACAAUUAG